AUGGAUAUAAAUGUUGACAAUGUGGUGGGAGAAGAAAUAGAGGACCUUAUAGACAAUACCGAUGAUGGAAAACUAGUAUGGGAUGAUUCUCAGGUUGAAGCUUUCAUCAUCUGUAUGGAGGAAGAAGUGAAGGCUGGUAAUCGGAGUAACACAACUUUUAGUGCAAUUGGUUGGAAGAAUAUACUAAAAGGAGAAACAAACAUGGGAUUCAAUGCUGAGACAGGCAUGGUUAUAGUUGAAAAAGAAAGAUGGAGUAGAUUGAUCAAGGUGAAUGCCCAAUAUAGUAAGUAUCGAAAGAAGCCAUGCAAUCAUUUUGACAAGCUCACCACCAUAUUUGGAGGCACACACGCUGCAGGUGUACAUGUCCAUACUUCGUAUAAUCCACCCAUUAUGAACCAAGCCCCCGCACACCAUGCAGGCAUACAUAACUCAUUUAACCUUAAUGAUGAUUUUGCUGAGUUAGGCGGUCAUGAGUUCAGUCCUUUUCCUGAAUCUCGUGGUAAGAAACCAAAGAGAAAGAGUUUUGCCUUCACAAUGAGCGAGCUCAUGACAAUAAUUGAUUUGUAUGACGAUGGUGAUGAGGAGAACGAUUGUGUCAUCGUAAUGGCAUGCAUGUUGGAGAUGUCCACCCCUGUUUUUUUGAAGUUAUGUGGGGAGCUUCAGUCAUUAGGGUUGAAAGACUCUACAGGUGUAAGUGUUUAUGAACAAGUUGGCAUAUUCUUGCUUACUUUAGGUCAUAAUGAAGGAAAUCGUGUGGUCGCAGAAAGAUUUCAACACUCCACCUAUACAAUUUCAAAAUACUUCCAUGCGGUUUUACAAAAAGUCUGUAAUUUAGGGAAACAAAUUAUUGUCGCCCCAGAUUUUAGCGAAGUUCCUAACCAUAUAAAGAAGAACAAAAAGUACCACCCUUUUUUUAGGCAUUGCGUAGGGGCAAUUGAUGGAACUCAUGUCCAUGCGAACGUGCCUGUGGACCAGCAAAUACCAUUUCAUGGUAGGAAGGGAGAUACCACACAAAAUGUAAUGGUUGUUUGUGAUUUUAAUAUGAUGUUCACGUACGUCGUAGCAGGAUGGAAGGGGUCUGCUAAUGAUUCUAAGAUAUUGAACAAGACCAUUAAUAAUGAGGAUUUGCAUUUCCCAAUGCCUCCAGACGGGAAAUAUUAUUUGGUGGACUCCGGAUAUGCCAAUCAACCGGGUUUCUUGGCCCCCUACAAGGGCCAACAGCACCACUUCCAAGAGUACCGUAGAGCUUCUCGCCAACCCCAAGGUAGAGAGGAAAUAUAUAAUCACAGGCACUCGUCAUUACGAAAUAUAAUUGAGCGUUGUUUUGGGUUUCUUAAGAUAAGAUUCCCCAUCUUGAAGCAAAUGCCCCCAUAUAAGUUUGAAGCUCAAGUUGCUAUUGUGUUAGCCUGUUGCACACUUCAUAACUUUAUAAGAAAUUAG